AUGGAAAGUAAUAAAACCAAUGAAACAGUACAGGGUCCGCAAGCUGAUAUUAUUGGCAUUUGUCUUGGCUCUACAACUAUUGUCACCAAUUUGUUUAUGGUUUUGGUGAUACUUUCUAAUAAGAAACUAAAAUCUGUGAUAUUUACAAUACUAUCCAGUAUGUUUUUAGUUGGCGUUUUAAGUGCCUCCAUUUAUAUUUUACCUCGUUGGGCAUUUGCAGCAUUUAUCGGCGAUUCUUUUUUCUGCUACAUUUUACCAGCAGUGGGAACAGCAUUUGUGAUUAAUCUAAAUAUGCAUCAAUGUCUGGUUUGUAUAGAUCGCUACAUGGCGGUAACAAGACCAUUUCAAUAUAAACUUCGCGCACAGACGAGAUAUGUCAUUAUCAUAUUAUUGCUGGUUUGGCUAACGUCGAUUCUAACAGCUCUUCUGCCAGCUACGGUUACUUUCGGGCAAGAUCCUAUCAAUCAAUGCCAAAGUCAAUUGAAUAGUACCGAUUUGCGAAUGGAUUAUUUAGUAGGACUAACAACUACAUUUAUACUCAUGCCCAUGGCUGUUAUUGUAUUUUGUUACCUAAGAAUUUUUUAUAUUAUUAAAUCUAGAAGCAGCAUUAUAUUUCAUCAAAAAAACAACGUAACUCAAUAUAAAUCUAAUAUGAUCGCAAAAAACAUUAAAGCUGCACAACAAAUGGCUGUUAUUACAACCUUCUACAUCAUAGCUUUCUUACCGUUUAUAACUGUUUAUCUAAUGUCGCAUUCUAAUCCAAAAUUGGGCCGUAGCCUUGCUUUAAUUUUAAGAUUACUCUUUAUUGUAGCCUUUGCUGUACCGGCUAUUAAUCCUAUUCUAUACGCAUAUUAUGUUACUAGCUUGAGGGAAGCCAUACCAUUUCUUGGUAAUUUAACAAAUGAUAUGUUUGUCUAA